AUGUCUUCCCGGUGCCUCAGCUCCAUUGUUGGAGGGUUUGGGAUGCUUUACAUUUGGGCUGCUGCUGUAGUGGUUGCUCACGCGGCUAUAGGACAGAAAAACGAAACAAUAUUCAACGAUUUUUGUAAGAAAACUUCAACAUGCGAAGUACUGAAAUACAAUACUUGUCUUGGGUCACCCUUACCGUACACUCACACGUCCCUAAUUCUUGCUGAGGAUUCUAAUACUCAAGAGGAAGUUUUUGAAAAGUUGGGCAUGUGGUCCGGUUUGAGAAAUGCCCCUAGGUGCUGGGCAGUCAUUCAGCCAUUACUGUGUGCAGUGUACAUGCCCAAAUGUGAUAAUGGCAAAGUGGAGCUGCCUAGCCAACAUCUCUGUCUGGCAACCCGUCGACCAUGCAACAUUGUGGACCAGGAGAGAGGAUGGCCAAGCUUCCUAAAAUGUGAAAACAAGGAGAGGUUUCCAAUGGGUUGCCAGAAUGAGGUUCAGAAAAUCAAGUUUAACACUUCGGGACACUGUGAAGCGCCUUUAGUAAAGACGGACAUCCAAGCAAGUUGGUAUAAGGAUGUGGAGGGCUGUGGUAUUCAGUGCAACAACCCACUCUUCACAGAGGAGGAACACUCCGACAUGCACACCUACAUCGCCAUCUUUGGUUCCAUCACUCUCCUCUGUACUUUCUUCACACUGGCUACAUUUCUUGCCGACUGGAAAAAUUCCAAUCGCUAUCCUGCUGUCAUCCUUUUCUACGUCAAUGCCUGCUUCUUCAUUGGCAGCAUUGGUUGGCUUGCGCAGUUUAUGGAUGGAGCCCGCAAAGAGAUUGUCUGUAAAAGUGACAACACCAUGCGGCUUGGGGAGCCCUCGUCAACAGAAACAUUGUCCUGUGUCAUCAUAUUUGUGAUCGUUUACUACUCCCUCAUGUCAGGGGUCAUUUGGUUUGUUAUGCUUACCUAUGCCUGGCACACUUCCUUCAAAGCCCUUGGGACCACACACCAGCCUCUGUCUGGGAAGACUUCUUACUUUCACUUGGUGACAUGGUCCAUUCCUUUCAUACUCACUGUGGCUAUACUGGCCAUUGCAGAGGUGGACGGAGACUCUGUGAGCGGUAUUUGUUUUGUUGGAUACAAAAACUACAGAUAUCGUGCAGGGUUUGUGUUGGCUCCAAUUGGGUUGGUACUCAUUGUCGGCGGCUAUUUCCUCAUAAGAGGGGUCAUGACAUUGUUCUCAAUUAAGAGCAACCACCCUGGACUUCUUAGCGAAAAGGCUGCCAGUAAAAUCAAUGAGACCAUGUUAAGACUCGGUAUAUUUGGAUUCCUUGCUUUUGGUUUUGUUUUCAUCACUUUUGGAUGCCAUUUCUAUGACUUCUUUAACCAGGCGGAGUGGGAGAGGAGUUUCAGGGAAUAUGUACUGUGUGAGGCCAAUGUGACAAUCGCUCAUCAGACCAACAAGCCGAUCCCAGAGUGUGCCAUCAAGAACAGGCCUAGUCUUCUUGUAGAGAAGAUCAACUUAUUCUCCAUGUUUGGCACAGGCAUAGCCAUGAGCACCUGGGUAUGGACCAAAGCCACCAUUCUCAUUUGGAAACGCACCUGGUGCAGGAUAAUCGGACGCAGCGAUGACGAGCCAAAGCGGAUAAAGAAGAGCAAAAUGAUAGCCAAAGCCUUCUCCAAACGGAAGGAGCUCCAGAGGGAUCCGGAAAAAGAACUGUCUUUUAGCAUGCACACUGUCUCACAUGAAGGACCUGUAGCGGGUAUAAACUUUGAACUGAAUGAGCCGUCUAUGGACAUGUCCUCAGCAUGGGCACAGCAUGUGACCAAGAUGGUCGCCCGCAGAGGAGCUAUCUUGCCCCAAGACAUCUCCGUCACACCCACUGGGACACCUGUGCCUCCACCAGAAGAGCGAAACAGGCUUUGGAUGGUUGAAGCAGAAAUUUCUCCAGAAAUGAUGAAGAGAAAGAAGAAAAAGAAGAAGAGAAAGAAGGAGGUACGCCCCCUGGGACCCGCAGAUGAAGGCGAUAACCCCACAUAUCGUCGUCGAGAAUUUGGACCCAGUUCUGUGCCCCGUCUCCCAAAGCUGCCUGGACACAAAAGCCUGGUGGCCAAUCUACAGAAGCAGCAGUUACAGCAGCAGGAAGAGGAGGAUGUCCUCCCAGGCUCCUUUCCUGAGUUUCGUCCAUCCUGCCCUCUUCCAUAUCAGCAGAGAUAUGGAGGAUUGGAAUAUCGCACCUCUGGACGACGCAGCCAACAUCCAGGCUUCAAUCUGAUGCCCAACCCUCUGGUGUUUAGAGACGGCCACCAUGACGAUUUCCAGCCUCCCCCAUGGCAGUACAACAGAGCGCUACGCCAUUCAGGGGAAGCGGGGCCCACGACAGUGGGUUCUAGUAGGACGGCCCAAGGGCCCUGUUCAGAGGGCAGACGAACCAUGGUUGCGCCUAUUCAUUCCAGAACCAACCUGAUGGAAGCAGAGCUCAUGGAUGCUGACUCUGACUUCUGA